GAUGUAGGGCACGAUGCUACCUUCAGAUGAGCUUUGAGGAAAUGUGGUUCUUUAACCGACAAACAAUAGCGCUCUUGCAAGUCGCACUAGCUUAAGUCAUUUUUGUUGCGUUUCAGGAAUCGGACAGAAAACAAGAAGGGCUCUAUGAGGAGGGUUAUUCUACGCCCCCCUUGGAUGCCAGAAAGCAGCGAGCAAGUCUAAAAGAAAAUCUGCCGACUCGCAGCCUCCCGAGUGAAUCAUUUUCAGGUCUGUAGUAUUGGCUGAAGGACCGUGUAAACGCGGCUUGUAAAAGGAUCCACCGUGGUUGGUCGUAGUGUAUAGAGAGGAGCCUACUCACCUCUCCAGGCUCCUCAGCCAUGGCUCUUCUUGCCUACCUGAAGAGCCUGUUCAUCCUGCAGCUGCUGAUGGGCUUUGUGUUUGUGGUGAGCGGCCUCAUCAUAAACUUCAUUCAGCUCUGCACCUGCAUCAUCUGGCCCAUAAACAAGCAGCUCUAUCGCAGAAUCAACUGCAGACUCUCUUACUCCCUCUGGAGUCAGCUGGUGAUGCUGCUGGAGUGGUGGUCAGGCACAGACUGCACCCUAUACACCGACCAGGCUACGGUGGACAAGUUUGGAACAGAGCAUGUCAUCGUUAUCCUCAACCACAACUUCGAGAUCGACUUCCUUUGUGGCUGGACCAUGUGUGAAAGAUAUGGCGUCCUGGGGAGUUCAAAAGUGCUAGCCAAACAUGAGCUACUGAAAGUGCCUCUGAUUGGCUGGACCUGGUACUUCCUAGAAAUAGUCUUCUGCAAAAGAAAGUGGGAGGAGGACCGAAAGACUGUCUUCAAAGGGCUGACCAGGCUCAAAGACUAUCCUGAAUGUAUGUGGUUCCUGCUGUAUUGCGAGGGCACCCGCUUCACUGAGACGAAACACCAAAUCAGUAUGCAGGUAGCAGAGAGUAAAGGCCUGCCCAAGCUCAAAUACCACCUGCUGCCCCGAACCAAAGGAUUCACCACCACGCUGCAGUGUCUUAAGGGCACAGUAAGUGCUGUGUACGACGUGACUCUCAACUUCAAAGACAACCAGACUCCCACUCUGCUGGGCAUCGUCAACGGCAAGAAAUACAAAGCUGACAUGAGCGUAAGGCGGUUCCCUGUGGAGGAUAUACCAGAUGAUGAGCAGGAGUGUGCCAACUGGCUGCAUAAACUCUACCAGGAGAAGGAUGCGUUGCAGGAAAACUACAACAAGGAAGGAAAGUUCCCUGGACCCACAGUAAUCCCUCCUCGCAGGUUAUGGACGCUGCUGAACUUCUUUUUCUGGGCCACCCUGCUGCUUUCACCCCUCAUCAACUUUGCUUGUGGAGUGGCCGUAAGCGGUUCCCCCCUCCUCAUCAUCGGCUUUAUCAUCUUCCUCAUCAUCGCCUCCGUAGCUAUCCGCCGCCUCAUAGGAGUCACAGAGGUGAAGAAAACGGGUUCAAGUUACGGCAACCAGGAGGCCAAGAAACAAAACUAAAGUGUGUGUGUGUGUGUGUGUGUGUGUGUGUGUCCGAUGGCCCUGCGGUGUCUCACCCCUACCCAACUCCAUCCUCCUCCUACUGUUGAGUCAGUUGGCAGGCCGGGGAGGAGACCCAGCUGUGAAAACAAUAAUAGAGACCAGAGUUAGAAAUACUAAUGGCACUAGAGUGAGAGAGAGGGAGAGAGAAAGAGCAUGAAGGUUCACGCUCUCUGGUGUAACAGAACAUAAAAAGGGGGAGAUGCAGUCCUGCUGUACUCACUUGCAUCUUUUCUUAAUCCAGCUAGCGAUCCACUGUCCCUGUCCAGUCCCGUUAAAUCCCGCUGACACCCAAGGUUAAGCUCCUAACAUGUCUGAGGUCACAUGGAGCCAUUCCCUGUCCUGAGCUACCUACCUCCACUUCCUGUCACCUGUCAUCAGCCAAUCAGGGAGUAGUGACGUGCUUGUUCCUUUUACCCACAGAACACGAGGCGCUCCGUAUCUUUUUAACCUCCAUCAGGGGGCAGCAGCAAUCUGUAACACGCAGGACAUCUCCCUCCCUUUUCUUUCACUAAGUGGGACUUGUAAUGGGAACCGGUGCCUUGAGGCCCAGCCUGGUUUCCUUAAAUCUUAAAGGGUCAUUUCACCCAAAUCACAUUUAUCAUUUAACUUCUAGGUAUCUAGUCAGGCAGAUAGUUUGGGGUUUUUAUGUUCCCACUGGCACUUUUACUGCCAACUUGGUACAGUGCAACUGGAUAAAAUGUUGCCCAUGGUGCUCAAAUGAUUUGAUAAACUUAACAGCAGUAUGUCUUUGUAAGAAACAGAUAUUCUGACAGUUUAUGUGGAAUGUAAAAAAGUAAUUAAAAUCUGACCACACUGACAUCACUGACAGAGUAGUUUGUUUUGAGACAUUGCUCUUGAGUUUUUAUAAAUAUUGUUUAAAAUCAUUUGAGCACCACCUCAGUGUUUCCUCUACAGUCAUCCACAGAAAGACCAUUACCAACACAGCGUGGUGAAAUGAGAUUGAAUAUUGUAAGAUAGAAAACAAACAAAAACAAGCAGAAGCAGCCUUUUAAUCCUAUAUAAAUAACUAAGCAUACACAGUUAUGUUGCAGUCAUCUAUAGCACUGGUAACAGACGCCAUCGUAUAUUUUGCUUUAUGGCACUUUAAUACUUUGAAACACAUCUAAACAUUUCUUUCACUCACUCACCCAUGGCUUCCCAAAGUAGGCUGGCCAGAUGUUUCUAAAGGGAAAAAAAUAUAUAUAUAUAUUAAAAGGUUCAAUAUGUAAGAAUUUUAGUUGUAAAAAAUAAUCCAAAAUUAUCAACAUAAUGUGAAGUAUCAAGUAGCACAUUUCCUUCUAGUUUUUCAAGUUCUGAGUUGUCACUGAGAGAGGAAACACUGAACCUCCAUUGUUCAGGGUUAGCAGCAGAAGUGUCGGGAAGAGAUCUCAAAAUAUAAAUCCUACUUCAUCUCUAGGACUAGAUACUGUGAUUGUUAAGUGGGGAAAUCUUGUCUUUUUAUUUCAGAUUUAAAAAUCUUGGUGAACUGACCCUUUUAACGUCUCGUCUCAGAGAGGCUGGUGUCCGUCAAACUACAGCAAGGGCUCCAAAUCUGAAACUGUCCUCAUCAAGGAUACCCACCAUCUCUUACAGGUCUCAUUUGUAGCCCGCUGCACCGACACCUUCAUUCUGCCACAUUUUUCCAGUUCCUACUCCUAUUUUCACUUGUCAUACAUGUUAUCCUUCAUGUUUAGAUCAUAAUUGGACCCCUCAAUGUGAUGUUGAUUCAACCAGCAGUCCCAGUCUAAACACUGAAGUAGUUCAACCUGCCGCCUCCCCUCCCCUCCUUCUGCGCCAGUCUUGACAGCUGAAAUGCACAAUGCGACUGUUCAGAUUCCAGAUAAAAGGUCACCAACUGUCUUCAUGUAGCCACACAGCUGUUGGCGUAUUAUGUUUGCGGCCCAGAUAUAGACUGUGUAUUAGUGAUGUUUUAACCUUUGCCUUAAAUCAAGCUUGCUUAGGCAAGGGAUUGCUUAUUCGCCACCCCCUUUAAAACAUAAAAGAUAUAAAAAGAACGGCACCCACCUCUUACCUCUACAUCCUCCUCCCACCGUGGAGUAGUGAGCAUUCAUUUGGUUUUAUUAACCAAAGUAAAUGAGUGACCAUAACAUUUCAGUUUUAAAGUGGGAUGUUAUUAAGUUGUUUCAUUAACUGUACGUUAUUAGUUAGAGGAAGCUGUUUACAUGUCACGCGCGCGGGGCAGCUUUGUUCUAUACAUUUCAUUUUAAAGUCAGUCAGCCUGGAGUUUUUACACAUCUCACAAGUGGAUCUCGUCCAGUGUUUAAAGCCACCGGACCAAAAAAAGGUCCAAAGGGCAAACAAAUGGUAGCAAGAACAUGCUCCUCCCCUUCCCCCCGCUCUCAUGCCACGAGUAGUAUUAAUCAAAUAUUUAGAUUUUUUUUUAAUUUUUUUUUUUUGGUUUAAUUUUCAUUGGGGGGGUCAUCGCUCCUCAGCAGCAGUAUGUUGUGAACUGCCUCUUUCUGUAGAGUUCUCUCCACCCAGACAGAUUUCAUGCAAGCCUUAAUAGACAGUGCUGCUUAAUUUUUGUGUGAUAAUGUAGACGCUAAACUGAGCCCCCUCCUCCCCAUCCCGUGGUAGUGAAGGGUUAAAAAUUUGAAAGAUGGCAAGCAGGUUGCUGGGAUUAGUUGCCAAGUAGCUUGAUCUUAAGUUUUAACGUGAAGAAUUAAAGAGAAAUGAGAAUUUGAUAAAGUCCGCUCUUAUAUACAAAGAGCUCUGUUUGUGAUCAGUUCACAUUUUUUUACAAGACGGUAUGGAAGAGUGAAACUGCCAAAAUCAAAACUAAAGAAAUAAAUGGCUUAAUAAAUAAGUAAAUGUCUUUAAUUGCAUCAAAUAAUACUUAAAUUAAAUGUUUGCAUUCUUUUACAUAUUUACAAUGUGACAUAAAUUUAUACUUGUUUAAAUGCAGUCACUUUAUUUAUUAAAUCAUUUAGGUUAUUUUAUUUAUUUAUGUAUCUGUUUAUGUAUCAUAUAUUGUCCUGCAAAAUCCAAAAGGAAAAUAAAACUAUACAAAAAUAAAUACGUAAUAAAUACUUUUAAAAUGAAAUGGGAAAGUAAAUAAUAGGGGGUCUGAUUCAAUGACAAUUAAAUGCAAAGUAAAUAAAAGCAGAAAUAUCAAUUAUGUCACAUUUAAAAAAAAAUACUUACACCUACAUUCAUGAAUAUAUCUAUUGAGCCAUUUCUUUGUUUUGGUUUUGUCAGUCGCAGUCCUCCAUACAGAGCACACUUUGAGUUGCUUUACCUCAAAUGCUUUAGCAUCUUAGCUUGUUGUCUUUUUAAGCGAUCAGAUUUUUUUUUCCUCAACAUACACAUCAGAAACUCAUUCUGUCAUUCAGUAAAGAAUCAUAUUCCAGAAGCCGGAAGGAUGCUGAGAAGUUUGAACAAAAAAAAACUUUUUACACUGGAUGUUUUUUAUUCAGUAAAGAAAUAUAAAUGUAACUUGUGGUUGUUUUUUUUUUUCUUUCUUUCUUUCUGAGCUCUCAAAUGGAAUCAAAUAUGACAAGUUAACACCACUUUAUGACUUAUUUUUAAAUUUUGGAGAUAAUUCAGUUAGUGGCACCUCUUGCGUCGUCAGCUUUGUUAUGUUUUCUAAGGCUAUUUUUAUGUUUUUUCUUCAAUUUAAACACUUGAGAAUAUUAAAGGAUUUAAUCACAAAUCAA